AGCGACAGCGAUGCUUAACCACCACAGAGGAAAAUUCCCAUUGUGACUCUGCUACUAAAUAUGUUUUCCAACAUUGUCAGUCGCUCAGUGAGUGUGGCCGUGUUCGCAGCUAAAAUUGGAAGCGUGUCGACAUAAAGCGAGAAGAGAUUGUACUUUUGUAGUCACUUUGAAUAGGCGCUUGCCAAAAUUGUACAACAGGAUCCUUCUGCACAGACAAGAACAGGAAUUCAGCCGAGACGAGAGGAGAUCCUGAAAACUGCACCGAGUUUUCUCUCUGGCAUUUUUUCGGUUAUUUCGAAACAGAGACCGAAGCUGUGUGCUCGAGUUACGCGAAUCGCGAUUUUCUCGAGUUUCAAAGGUGACUCGCGCAUUUCAAUUGAGAGUUUGGUAUCAGAAAAGCCUCCCAAAAAGCAGAUUCGGUGGUGAAUUGUGGGCCAUCCAGACCCACAAUCUGCACAUAUAAAUUCAGUGAUACUCUUCCCAUCAGUCGAGAGACGUUCAGUGAAGAGGAAAAAACCUGUGCUUAAAUCCGGAGAAUCCAUUCUAAUUGUGAUAUACACUGAUAUUCUGUCCUGUUUUCCUUCUGCUGGCCAAGAAAUUUGCAAUUUUGGAAAUCGAGACGGACAAGCAAAAAGUCGCUUCGACGUAACCAGCGCUUUAUUUCUGUCCAAAAAUUCUCUGGUAGAGUCUUUGCCUGACAACGGUUGAUAAAUAAUCAUUACACAAUACUAUUUUUGGCCGUUUCAAACAGUCUCUCUGGAUCACGAGCUCCGCAAGCCCACAAUUCGAGAGAGAGAAAAUCUUGAAGUGCGAGUGUGCAAAGUUGUUCAUUUUUUGAAGUUUCCUUCAAUUCUGGAGUUACGCGCGUUGGAACAGAAACAAAAGUGAUUUAUCCUUAAUGAUCAAGUAACAUUUGGAUCACACACACGCGCCUGCCGAGGAAGAGAGAUCUUUUCGCAUCUUAUUUCGCAUUCCAAUCGACCCCAGUGCUGCUGCCCUGCUCCUUGCCCAAUUGGCCCGCCAAAUCCAAUUGGUCAGCGCAUCGUCCUUUUCUGUCUAGAGCGGCGGACACAGAAACAUAGAUUUCAUGAUAUCAGCCUGGAUAAAUCCCUACAAUGAGAAGUGCGGGACUCUAGAGGAGGCGCCCGAUUCCCUGAAGCGAUCCUCCUCCAGAAUGGACUAUCACAGCUACCGGCACCACCAGGUGGACGAUGGCUUCCACUCAGACGGCAGCGGCGCCGAGACGCCGCCACUCAGCCCGGGUGGCGGUGGCAGCACGUCCUCGGCCGCCUCGAUAGCCUCGCUCACGUCCGAUCACGGAUCUCUGGAGUCGGUGGACACGAGCGCUCAGCGGCUGGCCGUGCUGUCGUUUGAGCAGGUGCGCAAGCUGAAUGACGUGAUGGACGAGGUGGUGUCGAUCCACGGGCGCGGCAACUUCCCCACGCUCGAGGUGCGCCUCAAGGAUCUGGUUACGCUGGUGCGCAAGAAGCUGGAGCUGGACGUGGCGUCCGGCGGCGCUGGAAUGACGGUGAAGGACAUCCGCCUGAAUGGCGGCGCCGCCAGCCACGUGUUGGCCUCCGAGGCGCAGCCCUACAAUGAUCUGGACCUGAUCUUCGCGCUGGAGUUCAGCUCGGGUCGCCACUACGACCGCGUGAAGUCCGCCGUGCUGAACUCGCUGUUCGACCUGCUGCCGGAGGGCGUCUCGCGGCGGCGCAUCACGCCGUGCAGCCUGAAGGAGGCGUACGUGGGCAAGAUGGUGAAGGUGAACAACAACAAUGACGGCGAUCGAUGGAGCCUGAUCUCACUGGGCAAUUCGCCAGGGCACAAGAAUGUGGAGCUCAAGUUUGUCGACACAAUGCGCCGCCAGUUCGAGUUCAGCGUGGACAGCUUCCAGAUUGUCCUGGACUCACUGCUGCUGUUCUACGACUGCGCCGCGCUGCCCAUCAGCGAGAACUUCUAUCCCACAGUGGUGGGCGAGUCCGUGUAUGGCGACUUCCAGGAGGCGCUGUACCAUCUGCAACACAAACUGAUCUCAACGCGACAGCCCGAGGAGAUCCGCGGCGGCGGGCUGCUCAAGUACUGCAACCUCCUCGUGCGCAACUACCGUCCCGUCGACACGGACAAGAUCAAGACACUGGAGCGGUACAUGUGCAGCCGCUUCUUCAUAGACUUCCCCGACAUACCCACGCAGACGGUGAAGCUGGAGGCGUACUUGCGGAACCACUUCUGGGGCGCGGACGAGGAGUCGCUGCAGUAUCAGUACCUGAUGCAUUUACACGAGGUCGUGGAGACGUCCACGGUGUGCCUGAUGGGCCACGAGCGCCGGCAGACGCUGCUGCUGAUCGAGUCGUUGGCCAUGCAGGUGCUCUGCCGCGAGCAGCAGAAGAGCCAACCCGCCGCCACGCCGCAGCCCAAGAGUCCGCCCGCGCCGGCGCAGCAGCAGCUCACCACGCUCCCGCCGCAGCCGGCGGGCCUGCUGUACGCCAACGGCGUGUACUACGCCCCUGUGAUUCCCACCACCUUCUGCACCUGCAACAGCACGUGGGUGCCCAGCACGUGAUCGCACUCCCGCCGGCGCCCGCAGGACGACCGUCUCGAGGAUCACGACGCGCCCCCUCACCACAGAUGAUGCUCUCCCGACGCCCCCCGACCUCUCUCUGCGGCUCUGCCCCCGCGGAGAGCCUGGCCCGCUGCGCGCUAGAGAAAGGUAACGCCCCGCCCCCCCGCAAGCCCCGCCCCCAGGGCGACGCAGGACGCAAGUCCGGUCGAAUGUAACAAAUGUACUUCCACUUAAUUACUACAUAGCAUACCUUAGUGCGAAGGCAGUUGAAAAUCGCUGCGAGAUCGCUCUUGGAACUUUUGUGUAUAACGAUUAUAAGAUUCCCAAAAAAAAGCUCUUAAUGUACAACUUUGAGACGUGUAGUUCGUCAAUUUUACUUGCUAUAUAUACUUGUGUAAAUUAAUCCCUUAAUGAAAUUGAAUUUGAAUUAAAAAAACGCUAUUCAGUGUUGUUGGUGUUAAUCAUGGAACAUUUAUAUACCAAUCAAGAUGAAAGAAGUACUUGAAAACAUAAUUACAUUACAAAGCAUUGUGAAGAAGAAUCGUAGGUGAAAAUAUUAACAGAAUCUGUGAAUGCAUGCGAGAUGAAAAGCUCUGAAAUGAGUAGAAGAAAACCAUUAUUUUUGUCAUUUGAAGAGGAGCAGCAACUUUUAUACAUACUUGUGGAUGAUGAAAGAGACAGGAUGUAAACGAAGAGGGAAAAUAUACAUUGAAUUUUCAGAGGAAUAACACACAAAAAAGUGGUACCAAGUGUUUAAUAUUUUUGCUAGAGAAGUCUUCAUCAGAAUAAGAAUGUUUCAAUACGAGAUGAAAUUUAUCCGAAAAGACUGGCUUUUGCGACAACAUUUCUUUUUCUUUUCAAUGUUCAAAAGUAAUGGAUUGAAGCGAUUAAUUUUUUGUUAUUGUUUUCUCUGCAGUUUCCGGCCUCAAUUUCGCUAAAAGGUGAAUAUUUAGUGUAUUAAUCAAAAUUGUAGAAGCAAUUUCCUGUGUGACGAAAAUCAAAUCUUAGCUCAAAUAUCCACUGAGAGCGCGAAUUAGAGAAGCUUUUUGCCUCCCCACAAAAGCUGUGCUGACACACAUUUUUCACUGCAACACUGUCGCAAGAGAAUAACAUUAAAUAAAUCAAUCAAGUUGGAUGGACAAAAAAGAAAUCUUACAAAUAUUGUGUAAAUGUAGAUUGAUGUAGAGAAAAUACAAGAGUGAAAAGCUGAGUAGAACUUUUUGUGUCUCACUUUUCGCAGCACACUUAGAACGAGAGAAAGAAAGAAAAAAAAAACAAAUUUCACUAAAAGAAAUAAACUCUGGAAUACGCGGGAACUUUGAAACAUUGAAAGGAGAGAAAAAUCAGUAAAAACGUGAAAAGUGAUUUUAAAAAUAACAAAAUAUUUUAAAUGUAAAGCGUAAAUUAACUAUAUUACCACUACACAAUAUACAUAGAGUGAAUAUAAAGUAGUUGACAGAAAUAUUUUGGAGAAGAUCUUAAAAUAUUUUACUAGAUUCUAAAAGUGGAUGAAAAACACAAAGUGAAAAUUUACUAGCAUGUAAUUUAAAGCAGUAAUGAGAAAAAAGAGAAAAAUACCAGCUAAGAUUUUAAAAUAUUGAAAAGAGAAAAAUAUGAAAAAAAUCAUAUAAAACACAUUUCUGUGAUUACAAAAAAAGUGUAAAAGAAUAUUAACAUAGUCGAAGAGUUAUUUUUAAUGGAGAAGAUGGAGUUAAGGAUGAUGAAUGGGCGCGUGAGGUAGACAAGCAGAUGAAUGAGGCGCGAGCGAGAGAGAGAGAGCAACACUGGGAGCAAGAUUUCUGCUAAAUUAAUCAUUUUGUGAAAUACAAGUUGUCCCAAUGACACGAGAGAAUAUCUCACAACUUUCUUACAAGUUAUUCUUCAAUCUUCAUUCCAUUCAUAGCGUUACUCUCCAUCCGAAAUAGUGAGGAAAUUUAAAAGAAGCCAAAUUCGCGAGUUUUGUAUUUUGUAAAGUGAUGGUGAAUUGCAAGCUGCUUGACAUGUGUCAAUAAAAUUUCAAGAUAAUGACAGGUGUCAAUGUCAAAUGCGACAUAGUUUGUUUCCAACGUUUGCUCCACUUCUCGUCCGCCUGUAACAAUAAUUUUGAGAUUAUCUUCAUUCCUGAAUUAUGUUUCAAGAAUUGUAAUAUUUGAAGAUUUAUUGAAUAAAGCGAAAUGCUAUCUGUGACAACUGUCCAUGCGCUUUGUGACUUGGGAUAUUUGGUCAAAGGAAGAAAAAUACUGUUGAACACACACUCAACUGACGAUUCAUAUAUUGAUAUUUUUUUUCAACAAAACAAAUAUAAAGAAAGGAAAUAUUCGGGAGGUUAUAACAAUUUUGUUGAUACGUAAAAAACAACAAUGUGACAUUUUUUCUGUGACGUUCAAUUAAAAAAAAAAACCAUUUAAAUAGAUGUAUCUAUUUAAUUUAGGGUGUUUUCCUUCUAAUAUUUCUUUUUAUGAUUUUUUCUAUAUUGCCAAGCAAAUAAUUAACACAACGUAAAUGUUAAUGUAAAUAGAGAAUGUCCUGUUUUAUGCGGAGGAGAAAAACACAACAUACACACACAUAUUUUCUGUUUUCUCUUUUGCAUGAGAGAAAUAAAGGUUUGCUCGACAAGGGAAAAGAGGACAACAAAAAAAGCAGAGGAAAAGCAAAACAGAAGGAACGGAAAAAAUGAAGAGAAUAUAUGAAAAAAGGUGUAAAACAUGUUAGACUGUACAAAUCGAUUGUAAAAUCUUUUGAAUUUUUAUAUUAUUAUUAUUAAUGAUAACAGAAAUAUUUAAAAUUCAAAUGAAGAAAAAAAUCUUAUUAUAAUUAUAAAAAAAAACUCUUAGAGAAAGAGAAUACUUUUAAGAAAAUGAAAUUAUAUCUGAUAAUAUGUUUAAAA